UCAAAAGUAUCUCUGGUGUCAUACACCACUGUUGGAUGAGAACGUUUUGUGAUUCUCGCAGUGCAGCGUGGGAUAGCGGAGGCGCAACCGACCGACCGAGAGAAAUGGAUGUGUUUCUGAUGAUCCGGCGUCACAAGACGACCAUCUUCACUGAUGCCAAAGAGUCAACUACGGUCUACGAGCUGAAGCGCAUAGUGGAGGGUAUCCUAAAGAGGGCACCGGAGGAACAGAGGCUGUACAAGGAACUCCCCAAGUCUGCUCUGACAUCUCUCUUGUAUCAGGAUGACAUGUUGCUGGAGGAUAGUAAGACUCUUGGAGACUGUGGCUUCACAAAUCAGACAGCCAGACCUCAGGCCCCAGGGACUGUUGGAUUAGCUUUCCGUCUCGGUGAUGAUGCAUUUGAGCAGCUGAGGGUUGAGCCCUUCUCCAGCCCCCCAGAGCUUCCUGACGUCAUGAAGCCCCAGGACUCUGGCAGCACAGCCAAUGAGCAGGCCGUGCAGUGAAGGAAGGAAGCAGGGAGGGAGGGGCGGGGGAUCUGGGAAGUGGUGCUUUGGAUUAGGUAGGCCGGCUUUACAGACUGCUUUAGGGUAACAUGCGAGUGUACCUGUGAGAUCUUUAACUUUGCAGGAAGAACAUGAAUUCCCUCUCACACAGAGGGGAGUAUUUUCAUGUUAUUCCUGAACUAGGCUCACGCAUGUGUAGAUUCACUCACAAGAUCCCUCAACAAACAUUUCUAAUUUGUCAGGCCACUGUCAGUAAGGGGGUUGGGAAAAAUGCAUCAUACCUCCUAAUUUAAUUCAUAUUAGUCUUUUGGGGAGGGUGUAGCCUUUCUUUUGGCUUUGGGUGGGGAUUUGCAAAGGGGGUGGCUAUUACAUUUUUAGAAUGCCCUCUUGCUGAUUGCAUUGUUUUUCUUUAUUCAAUAUUAAUAUUACAAUUUAGUGUUUUUUAAUUACUCCUUGGGGUGGUAGUAUGUGGAUCAACAAAGGGUUUGUUAUUAGCUUAUCUAGAUAACAUGCGCAUGAAUGGAUCUGAAAUAAACACACAAACAUGUUGAUGCCAUGACAUAAAAUGUAUAGCAGAACACAUGUACUUGCACACACGGAUGGACACACACAGAACGGUGUGAAGAUUUACAAUCGUCAGUUUUUAUUUCAGUGUAAAGGUAUUAAGCUUUCCCACUAUCUGGUUUUUGUUUGCUUGUUUCUUUACUUUUGAACCUUUGCACUGGAGUUCCUGUAUUUUUUAUUUCUUCUUGAUUCUCUAUACAAAACUGUACCAAUUUGAUCCCUAUCCCCCAAAUUACACCCCCCCCCCCUCUAUUUUUUUGGGGUCUGAAGUGUAAAUGCAAACCUUCAGUGGAAAGAGACAGGAAUCACUAAUCUUUUGUGAUAAACAAGCAUGAAGGUAGAAAUUACUGGUGUUGAAUGGAAAUAGGUGUAAACUGUCUCAAUUAGAUUCAACAACCUGACUGGGGUGGUUGUCAUGCCUUUUUUUUAAGAUAUGAUGGAAAUGGUUCACCAACAAGCUCUUUAAAACAGGACUUUAUGAAACAAGCAACACCUGUAAUUGUCUUGAGUUGACAUAAAAAUAAUACAUUUUC